CUUGAGCCCAAAGACUAUAUCUUUCCUGCAAUAGGUGCAAAUGGCAUUGUCCACUGUGGUGGACCUGUCUCACAUGACAUUAUUCAAGCAUGGAUUGAUGAAGCAACCACAGAAGCAGGAAUCCCACGAGGUGCAGGUGAUAACUUCACAACCCACACUUAUUCAUGUGAUGGUGCAUAG